UCCUCCGAGAGCAUUCCAUCUUCGGCUAACCUCCCAGCUGCAGUCAAAGGAGGCAAAAGCAUCCUCUGUCAAACUGCUGUGACGAGCAUAGCUUAAGCUAACCGACAUUUUCAACUACCGUCUCAUCUGCGUUUGAACAGCUGCCAAGAUGACCGACUCAAAGUAUUUUACAACUAACAAAAAAGGUGAAAUCUUUGAAUUAAAGGCCGAACUGAACAAUGAGAAGAAGGAGAAGAGGAAAGAGGCGGUGAAGAAGGUGAUUGCCGCCAUGACAGUGGGCAAAGAUGUCAGCUCUCUGUUCCCUGACGUGGUGAACUGCAUGCAGACCGAUAACCUGGAGCUGAAGAAGCUGGUGUACCUGUACCUGAUGAACUACGCCAAGAGCCAGCCAGACAUGGCCAUCAUGGCUGUCAACAGCUUUGUCAAGGACUGUGAGGACCCCAACCCUCUGAUCCGGGCGCUGGCGGUGCGCACCAUGGGCUGCAUCCGCGUGGACAAGAUCACGGAGUACCUGUGCGAGCCGCUGAGGAAGUGUCUGAAGGACGAGGACCCGUACGUCAGGAAGACGGCGGCCGUGUGCGUGGCCAAGCUGCACGACAUCAACGCCCAGAUGGUGGAGGACCAGGGCUUUCUGGACUCCCUCAGGGACCUCAUCGCAGACUCCAACCCCAUGGUGGUGGCCAAUGCCGUGGCUGCUCUGUCGGAGAUCAGUGAGUCCCACCCCAACAGCAACCUGCUGGACCUGAACCCCCAGAACAUCAACAAGCUCCUGACGGCCCUGAACGAGUGCACCGAGUGGGGCCAGAUCUUCAUCCUCGACUGCCUGUCCAACUACAACCCCAAAGACGAGCGGGAGGCCCAAAGCAUCUGCGAGCGCGUCACCCCGCGCCUGUCCCACGCCAACUCGGCGGUGGUGCUGUCGGCUGUCAAGGUGCUGAUGAAGUUCCUGGAGCUGCUGCCUAAGGAGUCGGACUACUACAACACCCUGCUGAAGAAGCUGUCCCCCCCGCUGGUCACGCUGCUCUCCGGGGAGCCAGAGGUGCAGUACGUGGCCCUCCGCAACAUCAACCUCAUCGUGCAGAAGAGGCCGGAGAUCCUGAAACAGGAAAUCAAAGUGUUCUUUGUCAAGUACAAUGACCCCAUUUACGUCAAGCUGGAGAAGCUGGACAUCAUGAUCCGCUUGGCCUCCCAGGCCAACAUUGCCCAGGUCCUUGCAGAGCUGAAGGAGUACGCCACAGAGGUGGAUGUGGACUUUGUGCGUAAGGCUGUGAGGGCCAUCGGACGCUGUGCCAUCAAAGUGGAGCAAUCUGCCGAGCGCUGCGUGAGCACUCUUUUGGACCUCAUCCAGACCAAGGUCAACUACGUGGUGCAGGAGGCUAUCGUGGUCAUCAGGGACAUCUUUCGCAAGUACCCCAACAAGUAUGAGAGCAUCAUUGCCACCCUGUGUGAGAACCUGGACUCUCUGGACGAGCCGGACGCUCGCGCCGCCAUGAUCUGGAUCGUGGGCGAGUACGCAGAGAGGAUCGACAACGCCGACGAGCUGCUGGAGAGCUUCCUGGAGGGCUUCCAUGACGAGAGCACACAGGUGCAGCUGACCCUGCUGACGGCCAUCGUGAAGCUGUUCCUGAAGAAGCCCUCCGAGACCCAGGAGCUGGUGCAGCAGGUCCUCAGCCUGGCCACACAGGACUCUGAUAACCCUGACCUGCGUGACCGCGGCUACAUCUACUGGCGCCUGCUGUCCACCGACCCGGUGACGGCCAAGGAGGUGGUGCUGUCGGAGAAGCCCCUGAUCUCCGAGGAGACGGACCUGAUCGAGCCCACGCUGCUGGACGAGCUCAUCUGCCACAUCGGCUCGCUGGCCUCCGUCUACCACAAGCCCCCCAACGCCUUCGUGGAGGGCAGCCACGGCAUCCACCGCAAGCACCUGCCCAUCCAGCAUGGCAGUAUCGACACUGGGGAGAGCCCAGUGGCUACUGGCCCUGCCCCGCCCAUCGACCAGCCCCAGGUCAUCCCAUCGCAGGGCGACCUCCUGGGGGACCUGCUCAACCUGGACCUGGGCCCGCCCACCAACGUGCCCCAGGUCUCCUCCAUGCAGAUGGGGGCCGUGGACCUGCUCGGAGGAGGACUGGACAGCCUGCUCGGGGGAGACCUGGGAGGCGGUGUUGGGGGAAGCCCUGCAGUGGGCCAGAACUUCAUUCCCUCUUCGGUGCCCAACACGUUCGCCCCGUCCCCCACGCCUGCGCCCAUGAGCAGCGGCCUGAACGACCUGUUUGAGCUCUCCAGCGGCCUGGUCACCACCACCGGAGGAUACGCCGCAGCCAAAGCUGUUUGGCUGCCGGCGGUGAAAGCCAAAGGCUUGGAGAUCUCCGGAACGUUCUCUCGUCGACAGGGCACCAUGUACAUGGACAUGUCCUUCACUAACAAAGCCCUGCAGCACAUGACUGACUUCGCCAUCCAGUUCAACAAGAACAGUUUCGGAGUCAUCCCCACCAGUCCCCUGCCCAUCCACACUCCGCUGAUGCCCAGCCAGAGCAUCGACAUCUCCCUGCCCCUCAACACCAUCGGCCCCGUCAUGAAGAUGGACCCUCUCAACAACCUGCAGGUGGCCGUGAAGAACAACAUCGACGUCUUCUACUUCAGCGGCCUCAUUCCUCUCAACGUCUUCUUCGUGGAGGACGGCAAAAUGGAGAGGCAAGUGUUCCUGGCCACGUGGAAAGACAUCCCCAACGAGAACGAGCUGCAGUACCAAAUCAAAGAGUGCCACUUAAACGCAGACACUGUUUCAGGGAAGCUGCAGAACAACAACAUCUACACCAUAGCCAAGAGGAACGUGGAGGGCCAGGACAUGCUCUAUCAGUCCCUCAAGCUCACCAACGGCAUCUGGAUCCUGGCCGAGUUGCGCAUCCAACCUGGUAACCCCAACUACACGCUCUCGUUGAAGUGCCGGGCUCCGGAGGUCUCCCAGUACGUGUACCAGAUGUACGACUCCAUCCUGAAAAACUAGAGCUGCCGCUGUGCUGUCCACAUCACGUCUCUCCACACCCCAUCGCAAACCCUCGUUUGGAUGGAUCAGACAGCAGCUGUCAGCUCUCCUCCGUCUAUUCCCCUUGUAUCUUAGUGUUUCAGACGCCAAGACACUCCCCACUACCAACAACCAACUCCACCAAACCCAGCCCAGCCUCACCCAGGCCAUGCCAUUUUACGUCAGUCCUGUCAGUGUAGUGUGGCCUGUAGAUAGUGAAUUCCUCCCUCUGCCUUUCCCCCUCCUCUUCUCCUCACUAUUACAUUACACAUAUGAAACGAGACCGAGAAUUGCAUUGAUACUUGCAUAUUGUUAUUCUUAUCUCCCCCAGCCAUUUUAAACGUAUAUAUAUAUAUAAAUAUCUUAUCUAUUGAUGCUCUUAUGUUGAUUUGUUUAAAGCUCCAGCAUGGAGUCUACCUUGCCAUACUUCAUCAUUCCAGUGAAACAAAACAAAAAAGUGUGGUGGCAUUAUUUUCAGGUUUUUUUUGUCAUGAUUUUACGGGGGACAGGGUGCAGAGCAUAAGUCAUGAGACGUCUUAACUGAGCCAGGGUGUACUUGUAGGUAGCAGGUGUAGAGUGGUGUGGUGCGAAAAUAAGCAGUAGAAGCGUAUGCAGGCCAAAAUCUUGGGGCUGUUACAUGCUAAUACCCCUGUUUUCCCUUUCAGUCUGAAGUUGUAACCACAGCACCACCAACCACUAUGGACAGCAGUUAUUCCAGUUACCUGUCCUGCUCUGCUUUGAUUCAUUAGCCAGGGUAAGUGCUAGUUGCCUGACAUUCCCCAUCCUCUCCCCCUCUUCAGCUACUGUUACGCUGGGUGCCACUUACCUGAUUUUAAUAGUGUGAUUAUGUGCUUCUCCCCCCAUGGGGCUGCUUUCUCCCCGUGCAGCAUCCACGAGCCCCGUCGCGCGUAACACGCUGUGCAUAGCUAUGCCCACAUAACUCUCGAUCUCUCACAGAUAACGCACGCACACACAGCUCCACUAAUGACUUAUAUGAGACAUAACGAUGUAUGUAUGUGUACGUGUAGUGCUUUGUCCCAUCUCCAGUGCGAUAUUUUCCCCCCCAAAUGCAAUGGUAGUUUUUAACGAAAAGAAGAAGAAAAAACGACAGUAUACUUGCCUCAAAAAUUAUAUAAUAAGAGUGUGGUUGUCGUUGCAAAGCCAUGCUAAGCACCAAAAUAUGGUUUUGUGGAAGUUAUUUUUGUUCAUUGUUGUUUACGCCAUGUCUUAAAAAAAACGAUGUACUGGUAUUUAAGCAAUUUUUCAUGUCGAAGCUUGUAAUUUGUUGUUUUUUUUACGCCUUGUGUGCGCACUAAUGGCAGUUUUGUGGCCAGUUCCUCUGGUCAUGUGGUUCUCCCUCGCUCACUCCCUCACUCACUCUUAGCAGUAAAGUCAGGUACGGGAGGCGGCCGGUAGAUUGAGAUCUGCUCCGCGCUCCGCUCGGGCCUCUCUGAGGUCGAAUACAUUGCCAUUUAUGUCUGAGCUUAAAAAGCGGCAGAUAAUCAUCAUCAUCAUAGUGCUGCCUAUCUACCGCGCGGUGUCUCGCUCACUACAAACCCCUGUGAUGUGGAGGUCAUUUGGAACAUAAUUUUUAAAAGACGUUUUCAGCAAAUAUAUAAAUAAAUACAAGUGUUGUGUAGUAGAAAUGAAACGCCUACUCAUGAAAUCUUAUUCCUAUUAUUGUUAAUGUGUCAGAUGAUAAAAAAGUGUAAUGAAUUAAUAUAGGGUACCAGUGAUAUUUGUGACUUCACUAUUCUUGUUGCCAUACAUGCUGACCUGUGCCUGUUUUUAAAAGCUGCAUGUGAAGCAGUCUCUCCUCGCUCACAUUAUUCAAACCCCUUUUUUUCCCCUUUCGUCGACCGUCUUAACCUGCAAUUUAUGCAUACGUACAAUACAGCUUAAUGCUGACAAAGAAAAACUGUAAACUGUAAACUGUAAUCCCUGCACCCCCACUCACUCCUUCAUUCUCUCUCUUUCUCUCUCUCUCUCUCUCUCUCUCUCUCUCUCUCUCUCUCUCUCUCUCUCUCUCUCUCUCUCUUUCUCUCUCUUUCUCUCUCUCUCUCGCUCUCUCUUUCUCUCUCUCUCUCUCUCUCUCUCUCUCUCUCUCUCUCUCUCUCUCUCUCUCUCUCUCGCUCUCUCGCUCGUUCUCUCUCGCUCGCUCACACACACACACACACACACACUCCAGUUUUCAUUUGAGAAAUUGAGUCCCAUCAGAUCCAGCUGCCUCUUUGAUGGCAUAAUUACACACAGCUAGCUGAUCACCUCUCUCCAUUUCCCAGCUCUUCAUUGUAGCUGAUGAUGAUGAUGGCGUUAAUGUGACCACUGAUUGGUUGGUCAAGUCACAUACUCACACUCCUCCUGCGAGGCUUAAGCGCUCUAAAAUCGCUCCGGGUGAAAGUCAUACCUGAUACUAGUUUCCGUCUGUGAUGAAAGAAAAAAAAACUCCUGUCAUCACUUGUUGUUAUGUGAUGUUUUGCCUGCAAAGCAUUCCAGCAUUCCUAAAUGAUUGAUUUGUCACUCUGUGUUGCUGAUGUUUUAUCAUGUGAUAUUCUUUUUGUUUGUUUGUUUUUCAAUAAAAUUGUCCUCUCCAUGCA